CAGUGAGUGAGUGACAGUAGAAAGAAACCAAAGAAUCACAGGUGGGAGAGCAAGCACCACUUCUUUAUAUUCACACCACAAUCUCCUUCAUUUUCCCACCACCAUCUUCUUCUUCUUCUUCUUCUCUGCAUUGUUGUUCUUGCCAUGGCUGCGCGUGUGGAUCUCGAUGGCAACCCCAUCAAGCCAUUGACCAUUUGCAUGAUCGGCGCCGGAGGCUUCAUCGGAUCCCACCUCUGCGAGAAGCUCAUGUCGGAGACGCCGCACAAGGUGCUCGCUCUCGAUGUCUACAGUGACAAGAUCAAGCACCUCUUGGAGCCUGACACGCUCCCUUGGGCUGGUCGCAUCCACUUCCAUCGCCUCAACAUCAAGCACGAUUCUAGGCUUGAAGGUCUCAUCAAGAUGUCAGAUCUGACUAUUAAUCUCGCUGCAAUAUGCACUCCUGCUGAUUACAACACUCGUCCUUUGGACACCAUUUACAGCAAUUUCAUUGAUGCUCUUCCUGUGGCGAAGUACUGUUCGGAAAACAACAAGCGUCUCAUUCAUUUUUCUACUUGUGAAGUGUAUGGGAAAACAAUUGGAAGCUUUCUUCCUAAGGAUAGCCCACUUCGUCAGGAUCCUGCAUAUUAUGUUCUUAAAGAAGAUGAGUCCCCUUGCAUUUUUGGUUCAAUUGAAAAGCAGAGAUGGUCCUAUGCUUGUGCAAAGCAGUUGAUUGAGAGGCUGAUUUACGCUGAGGGUGCUGAAAAUGGCAUGGAGUUCACAAUUGUGAGACCUUUUAAUUGGAUCGGACCAAGAAUGGAUUUCAUUCCUGGCAUUGAUGGUCCAAGUGAGGGUGUUCCCAGGGUUCUUGCAUGCUUUAGCAAUAACCUCCUCCGCCGAGAGCCCCUCAAGCUUGUGGAUGGUGGCGAAUCCCAGAGGACUUUCAUUUAUAUUAAGGACGCUAUUGAAGCUGUCUUAUUGAUGAUUGAAAAUCCUGCCAGGGCAAAUGGGCACAUUUUUAAUGUGGGUAACCCACACAAUGAGGUUACAGUUAGGCAGCUUGCUGAAAUGAUGACUAAGGUUUAUUCAAAGGUAAGUGAAGAAGCUCCUUUGGAAAAUCCUGCAAUAGAUGUGAGCUCCAAAGAAUUUUAUGGUGAGGGGUAUGACGAUAGUGACAAGAGAAUUCCUGACAUGACCAUAAUUAACAAGCAACUUGGCUGGAAUCCUAAGACCUCACUUUGGGACCUUCUUGAAUCUACUCUAACUUAUCAGCAUAGGACUUAUGCUGAAGCCAUUAAGAAGGCAAUAGCAAAACCAGUUGCAAGCUAAGCUUACAUGGUGAUGUUAAUGGAGUGUUUGGCCCAUGGGGGCACUGAAAUAUAGUUUACUUGUUGAUUUUACAUAAAUGGUAAUUGUCCCAGUUGGUUUUGGCAGCCAAUAGCCCACGCCCACGUCUCUUUUUUAUUACAUGUUUAUGGAGAAAUAGUAAUUUAUCAAGGGCAAUCUUGUGCUUUUGCUAUGUAAUUUUCAUGCAAAGCUUCUUGCUAUACAUGUUUAGAGACCCUUGUAAUGUUUAGAGACCCUUCUACAAGGAAAGAUAUUUUUUUGUAUGGUAGGGAUGUGUCGGUCAUUCCUUCAGUUGUAACAUUUGCCAUAUGUUUCCUACAUAAUUUGUCAUUGAUUUAUUUUAUGGAUUAUUUUUUGUAUCAAAA